GUUGUAUGAUCACAAAGAAAGGCUGUUCUUCUCUGGCUUCAGCUCUGAUUUUAAACCCAUCCCACCUGAAAGAGCUGGAUCUGACCUACAACUACCCAGGAAAGUCAGGAGUGAAGCUGCUUUCUGCCAGACUGGAGGAUCCACAAUGCAAACUGGAGACACUCAGAGUGGAACAUGGAGGGAAGAUCAGAAUCAAACCUGGAUUUAAAAAAUACGGCUGUGAUUUCACACUGGAUCCAAACACAGUAAACCCUCGUCUCUCUCUGAGUGAGGAGAACAGGAGGGUGGAGUGUGGAGAGGAGCUGCAGUCGUAUCCUGAUCAUCCAGAGAGAUUUGAUGGGUAUCAGCAGGUUCUGAGUAGAGAGAGAGUUACUGGACGCUGUUACUGGGAGGCUGAGUGCAGCGGGAGAGGAGCUGAUGUAGCUCUGAGUUAUAAGACAAUCAGCAGGAAAGGAGGUUCAGACUGUUGGUUUGGACGGAAUAUAAAGUCCUGGAGACUGAGCUGCUCUGAUAAAAGAUACUCUGUUCAUAACAAUAAUAAUAUCACAGAUCUCCCCACUCGUCCCUCCGGCUGUAGGAGAGUAGGAGUGUAUGUGGACUGUCCCGCCGGCACUCUGUCCUUCUACAGAGUCUCCACUGAUACACACUCACACACUCUCACACACUUACACACAUUCUACACCACCUUCACUCAGCCCCUCUAUGCAGGGAUUGGGAUUUAUGGUUAUGGAUCAUCAGUGCGUCUGUGUGAGAUUGAGUAAACCUGUCUGAUUCACAGACUGUAAGAAACACAAGCUGUAUAAAUACUUUCUAAUCUGGUCUAAAGAUGGACCUGUUCAAACUGCAUCAUUCAUCUACAAUUAGUGUAUUUUAACAUUUAAUAUAUUUCAGAGUAUUAACAUUAUUACUGUACAUUGUGUGUAUAUAUUCUUUUGUAUAUUUGAGAUUAAAACCAUUGUUUCUGUAUUUAAAGCUCCAGACAAAAACUAGUUUAAGGAGCCAAAAAAUCAGAGGCCAAUAUUUUUAUGCAAACUAUUAAGCAUUUGGAAUUUAACUGCACCUUAAACACAAUUCUAGAUUAAUCCUCCUCUGCCUCUGCCUAAGCCAAAGUCCUCUCACACACUUACACAUUUUUCAGUGUAAAAUGUGAGCAUGUGAUUUGGAACAUCAACUUAAAAACAGUCCAAGUCCUCUCCAAACCAUCACUGAUUGGAGCUUGAUGGAACCUUCACACUAGACCUCAAGCAGCUUGGACUAUGUGCCUCUCCACUCUUCCUCCAGACUCUACUAUCUUGAAGUCAGAGCACUCCAUGCUUCCCUCUGCUGACAACUUUUAUGGAGGUGCAGAUUUCAUUUUCCAGCAGGACUUGGCACACUGCCCACAGUGCCAAAAGUACCAAUUGAUCUUAUAUAAUAUUUAACAUUUCUGAGACACUGUUUUUUUUAAUCAUCAACAAUAAAAUAAAUAAAUGCUUUAAAUAGAUCACUCUGUGUGUAAUACAGCUAUAUAAUAUGAGUUUCACAUUUUUUCAACUGAAUUACUGAAAUAAAGUAACUUUUGAAAUAGA